UACUACAGCGGUACAUGUCAAAUCUGUUCACUCGGUACCCGGGCCAACUGGAAGAGCUCUCGCAUCUUAUUAUGAUGUGAAGCAAAAUGUUGUCAUCGUUUUAAUCACUAGGAAACGGAGAAGGAGCUUUCCCGGUUGUAUAGCUGUCUGUUUGCAAGCUAAUAUCUCUAAAUGUGCACUAGUUAGCUGUUCGACUUGAUGAAACUUGUUGAGUUUUGCUAAGUUGCAGCAACAGGUGGAUUUCCCAUUUGCGAUAUUCGCUAUCAAUGGCCUCCAAAGGUUGGCAGCAUCCUUAUGUCAACAUAUUCAAACAUGUCCGAGUUGAAGACUGGAAAAGGUCGUCAAAAGAGGGGGAUGUGUCAACAUACACGGACAAGACUCUGAAGUGUGCAGUAUUUCGGAUCAGGGGUACUGUUCCUGCCAACAGCUACAUCCUGGUACCCAAACACAGCCAGCAGUCUCUGGGCCUGACAGGGAGAUAUUUCUACCUUCUCUUCAAGCCCACCCCUGGCAAAUACUUUGUGGUCCACCUGGAUGUUGCUGCAGAGGAGGGCCAGGUGAUCCGAAUCUCCUUUUCCAACAUGUUCAAAGAGUUCAAGUCUACACCUACAUCACUUCAGUUUCCUUUCCUGUGUGGAGCUGCAAAGGAUUCAGUCUAUGAAAGCACGGCUAAGACCGCAAGACAUGGUUUGGUGGGUCCAGCCCCAACUACAGUGCGUUGGACCUGUCUGAUGCUGGAUCUGCAGUACACACUUUCUUUCUACCUCAACCGCUGCUACAGUAACCUGAAGAGUAUCAAGCUUUGUGCCAACAUGACAGUGAAAAACAUCUUUACUAGUGACCUCCUUUUAGAUCCUGGAGUUUCAUUCAGUGAAGCCAAGCUGAAGGGUCUAGCCUGUUCUCAGGGUACAGGUCCCAUACCCAGAGACAUGGCAUUUCCUGUGCCCAAGGGAAACUCCUGGCAUGACCUCUAUGAUUCCAUCAGGUUUCCCUCAGAGGGAACAAAGUUGCCCUUUGACUCCAUUCAGAAAGGUAAUCCCAGACAAGAGGCCAGACAUGUCUCCACCCAUAGAAGCCCCAUUAGAAAAGAGUCCCGCUGUGUCAGUCUCAGCAAACCAGUCCAGGAUCGUGUGUUCCUCAUCCAGCAGAUCACCAGCCCAAAAUCACUCCCAAGAAAUCAACCCCCAAUGGUGACCAGCAUACCUGAGCUUGGUGUGGUCUCCACGCAACAGAGGGAUGACUUGCUUUGUCAUAAUGAUGACCAUCAUCAGUGGGAGUCAACCUGCUCCAUUUCAAAGCAACUUUCACCUAGACCACCCUAUGAUUCUGGUGACGGCGGCAUUCACGUGUUUGUACAUCCUGAAGACAGCCUCUGCGAACCCGGGGAGGAAAGUGAAGAGGAGCUUGUUUGCACUCCUGUUACAAAUCCUGUCCGUCUGUCAUCAUCCAAACACACCAAUCAGCAGAAGCUGCUUCCAGACCCAAUUCUCAGGCUCAAUCGAAUCAUCGGCUUUGGAGGGGGCACCACCAAAUAUGCACUGUGGAUCAAAUCAGGAGAUGAAGUGGUAUAUCCGUGUCACGCAAUUAUUGUCUCUAUGAAGAUAUCCUCUAACCAGCAGAGAUUCUUCAUUGGCCAUACUGACAAGGUAUCUGCACUGGCUUUCAAUGGCAACACAACGGUGCUUGCCUCAGCCCAAACUGGCAAUCAUAGUGUAGUUCGAGUAUGGAACUACCACAAAGGAAACUGUCUGGCCAUGUUCAGGAUUCAUGCGCAUUCAUUAUCCUCUCUUAGCUUCUCAUACAGUGGCGGCAUUCUCUGCGGAGUAGGUAAAGACAGCCACAACAAAACGAUGGUGGUGGUGUGGAACACUCUCAAUGUUAGCAAAGGAGAGGUGAACAUCUUAGCCAAAGCACACACAGAUGUGGACAUCCACACCAUGAAAGUUGCCUUCUUUGAUGAUACAAGGAUGGUGUCAUGUGGUCGUGACAGUAUCCGUCUGUGGCGAGUGCGGAAUGGGACAAUCCGCUCAUGUCCGGUCAACCUGGGUGAAUACCACUCAUUAGAAUUCACUGAUGUGGCGUUUGAGGAGGGGAACUCUUCCUAUCAGCAACUUGAUGAUCGAACACUAUUUGCUAGCAGCCGGAGUGGCCAUAUCUUCGAAAUCGACUACAGCAGAGUUGUUAUUAAAAACGUCAGGAGGUUGUUGCUUGCACAGCAGCAGCAUGUGGACCGCAGGGAAAAACUGACUUUUAACACAGAUCCAGGCAUUGCCAUCAACAGCAUCAGUGUGUCCUCAUCCUUCUGUGCCACGGGCUCUGAAGAUGGCUUCCUACGGCUCUGGCCCCUUGAUUUUUCUUCUGUCUUCCUGGAGGCUGAGCAUGAGGGACCUGUGAGCCUGGUGUCAGUCUCAUCAGACAGCCUUCAGGUGCUGGCAGCCACCUCUACUGGUAACUUGGGCUUCCUUGAUGUGAGCAGCCGUGGUUACAACACACUGAUGAGGUCGCAUACAGACACUGUGCUCGGCUUUAGUGUGGAUGGCAUACGCAGACAUCUCACAACAGCUUCCUCUGAUGGCACAGUGCGCAUUUGGAAUAUGGAUUCCUUACAUCAGUUGUAUGACUUUGUAUCAGAAGACAGCCCCUGCUCAGUGGCCUUCCAUCCCAGUGAGCACGUCUUCUCUUGUGGCUUCAGCUCCGGCAUCGUCAGAGUCUUUGACAUCUCUAGUGCCAAGCUGUUGGCUGAACACAAGCAGCACAGAGGCGAAGUGGUGGGUCUCGCCUUUUCUCCAGAUGGAGACUUCAUGUACAGCGCUGGCUCCGAAGGCUUUCUAGCACUCUACAACUCCUCUGAGGAAGAACACAGUGUGAUCAAAGUUGUGUGUAAUUUGGUGGCCCAAGGCACUGAGCGUGCUCCAGACGCUCUUAUGGUGAGCAGUGACAGCCGCUGUCUGGCUUUUGUCGGUCCCUCGGAGUACAUCGUCACCAUCGCUGAUGCACGGUCUCUGGAUGAGUUGCUCCAUGUAGAUGUGAGUAUUUUGGACGUAGAGAGCCCCCGUCUGGAUUCUGCGCUGAAAGUCCGCUUCUCCCCAGCCUCCACUGAACAUUUGUUAGUUGCAACAUCUGCAAACAAAAUCCUCUGGGUUAGCACCAAGACGGGCCGUCUGCUGCGGGAGGUGUCCAAGGUGCACAAACACCAGUGCUCGUCGCUGGCUGUGAGCGAGGACAGUCGAUUCCUGCUGACAGCAGGACACAAUGCUGUGAAAGUGUGGGAUUAUAACAUGCAGCUUGGUAUUAACUCACAGAUGUUUAUAGGUCACAGUCAGCCCAUCCACCAGGUGAGCUUCACUCCUGACCAGCUUGGAGUCAUCUCAGUGGGCGACGCCAUUUUCCUGUGGGACUUCCUGGCACACCCUGCUCACCCUGUUGACUCUUUAACUAACAGCCGUUCACCUCUUAGAGAAAGCUACAUCUUUGCUGCCAAAUCAGUUCAACCAGAGGCUGAGGUAAAUGGAGUUCAGUUGUCCAAUGGGAUGCCUCGACAGACAGCACCCCUCCCCACCUCACCUCCACCACGACUGGAUGUCAGCACCAUGGAUCCAGUUGAGAACGGUGCUUUGGGCUCCUUGUCUUUUUGUGAUGACACUCCGACCAUCACAACCACGCCUGUCCCUGCCACAGAUCCAGCUUCUUCCUCUAACCCCCAACCUGCCAUGUCUUUCCUUAAAGUCACAGAGGUGGUCAAUGCCUCUCCCCUAAACACCAGUCAUUUGGACACUGUAGAGUUUAAAGAGAAGAGGCCAGUUCGUCCAGACUGUUACAGACACUUUUUCCCCCGUUUUAAGACUUCCACUCUUGAUCAGGCUGCUGUGGUUCCACAACCAGGAGAAGAGGGCAUUAAGCUGAAAGCAGUGAUUGGCUACAAUGGCAAUGGGCGUGGCAACAUGGUGUGGAGCCCUGACCAAGGUUUAUUUGCGUACUCAUGCGGCUGUGUGGUGGUGGUGGAACAUCUUCAUACAGGAUGUCAGAGACACCUGCAGGGCCACAGCGAGGAGAUCUCUUGUCUUGCAGUCACUCAUGAUGCUCAGACAGUGGCAUCAGCAGCAGGCGGCAUUAAUGGCACUAGAAGCCUCAUUUGCAUUUGGGAUGUCCAGACCGGAGCUUGUCAUAAGACCAUCUCCCACCACAGAGGAGCGGUGCAGUGUCUGGCUUUCUCCAGGGAUGAUCGCUUCUUUAUCUCUGUUGGAGACUUCUCUGACCCAGAGGUGGCGCUGUGGAGCAGCAAGACCUUCCAGAUGCUGUCCAGUGUGAGCUUGUCAGGGCCGAUCCAUGACGCAGCCUUCAGCCCUUCAGCAGCCAGCCAGCUGGCCUGCGUUGGUAGCCAAGGGGUUUACUUCUGCCUCAUGGAAAGCCAUGGGUUGAAUGUAGACCUUAAGGUGCAGAGGGUGAGAGCACCAGCAGAGGUGGGUGAUGUGGAGGUGACGGCUCUGUGCCACCACAUGGAUUCUUUUCUGUUCACUGCCACCAAUCGAGGACAUGUUUGUGUCUGGAACAUUGAGACACAGCGGUGUUUCAUGACCUGGGAAGCUGAUGAUGGGGAGAUUGGUGUGCUACUGUGUCGAGGGAACCGUCUGUUGACAGGCAGCAACACCCGCUGGCUGCGACUGUGGGAGGUUGAAGCCGUGCAGGGUUUGAAGCCUCAGGGGAAGGUCUCCAGUGUAGAAGACAGUGGGACCAUGGUGGUGUUGGAGCAGGAGAUAAUGUUGGACGGGACAACAGUCAGUGCAGUUUUUGAUAACACAAUGGACAUGGGUAUUGUUGGCACUACAGCAGGAACCCUCUGGUACAUCAACUGGUCAGACAGCAGCAGCAUCAGACUGGUCAGCGGGCACAAGACCAAUGUUAAUGAUGUGGUGUUCAGCUCUGAUGAGAGCCAUUUUGCCACCUGCAGCGAGGAUGGCAGUGUGCGGGUGUGGUCGGCCCCCAGCAACGAACUGGUGGUGCAGUUCCAGGUGCUCAACCAGUCCUGCAGCUGUGUGUGCUGGAGCCCUGCCUCAGGUAAGGAGAGUGCAUGUGUGGCUGCGGGAUACAGCGAUGGCACCCUGCGGAUCUUCCGGCUUUCUUCGUCAGAGAUGGAGAUGAAGCUACAUCCUCAUCGUGUGGCUGUGACCGCUGUCCAGUACUCUGCUGACGGUCAUGUGAUCCUUUCAGCGGGGAAGAAUGGUCUGGUAGCUGUCAGCAGCCCUGUGAAUGGAGCGACUAUCCGUGUCAUCAGAGACCACAAAGGAGCGCCCAUUACCACCAUCCAGUGUGUGAAUGAACAGUGUAAGAAUUUUGGAUUGGAGGGAAACGAGAUGUGGUUGGCUGCCAGCGCUGACAGACGUGUCAGUGUGUGGGCGGCCGAUUGGUUGAAGGAGAAGUGUGAUCUGCUUGACUGGCUGACUUUUCCUGCUCCGGCCUAUUUUGAGGACGACACCCCACCUCCAACCCUGGCUGCCUUCUGCCCAUCAGACCCCGGCCUGGUGGUCUACACUGGCUACGGAGUAGAGAAAGAGUUGUCUUUCUACAGCUUGGCUAAAAAACAGAUAAUAAAAAAGAUUGCUCUGCUUCACUGGGCCACAUGCUUUAGCAUCUCCUCUAAGAGUCAGCUCAUAGCUGUGGGAUCCAAAGAGCGAGUGUUGAAGUUGAUCAAGUCGGCUAGUGGCAGGUUCCAGGACUUCCUGCAGCACAGUGAUUCCCUGCAGACGUGUCACUUCUCUCCCUCAGGGACUCUUCUUUUCACUGUGGCUUAUAAUGAGAUCCUGCUGUGGGAGGUGCAGGGCCUCUGAGGGCCUCAGCCCUUUUUUUGAACCUUGAACUUUACACAUGUGCCUAGUUUAUGUAUUUGAUUUAUGUAAUUUUAUUGUUACGUAAAUGUUUUUUAUAUUUUAUAUUUUCAUUGAAGUAUCUAUACUUUUUGCCACUUUUUCAAAUUUUGUUUUUCGUGUAUGGUUUUAAAAUACAGACAUUUUAAUUGAAUCUAUUGGGGUUUUUUGUCUAGUCACUCCUGAUAUUUCACUAUUUAUUUUAGUAGUUCUUACUGCCAGUAAGACUGAGUAUGAAAACUUAUCAGAGAUGAGCUGCUGCCAUUCCUCCUGUUUUU